AAAAAAAAAAAACCUGAUUUGAUCUGCCUUUAACCUUGACCUUAACCUUGGCCUUGACUUUGAGCCCAGAACAAGUUUCUUCUUGCUCUCUUUUUAUUUACUACAUUUCUCAUCUGUUCCUUCUCUCUCCUCUUCUUCCAUUUCAAGUUGGACAUUGCUGAUUCAAUUCUACACUAAUUGCCGCACUUCUUGUUGUUGCCACCCGUAAAACCGCUGUUCAUAUUUCAAAACUUUUUUUAUUUUUUAUUUUUUUCAUAUUUGCUCACAUUCGCAUGGCACACGACCAGCGCUCAAGAGGUACCAGCGUCCGAUCCUACAGCUCCAGCAACAGAAGUGGAAGUGGGAGUAGCAUUGGUAUUGCAGGCACAAGUGCUUCGCCCACUUCUCCUGACAGUCAUCAUCAUAACAAUAGCGCCGAUCAUCGACCUCAGACGCCUUCAUCUCAGCCUAAUCAGCUGACUACCACAUCCAUUCAGCACCCACGUCGCCCUCUUCGAUCGAACACCAAAGUACCAAAUGAGCUCUUCCAUUCUUUUGCUGAAGGCAUGAGUGGAAGCCUUCAGUCCCUGCGCAGAAAGGCUUUUGAGCGAAAGCAUUCUACUCGAGAACAACGAGUUGGGUCUGAUUCAGCCGUUGGAAUAACACAGCCCAUAGCCCAGUUUCGGGUGCGAGAUCAGCCUUCAAAGAUGAUCAUUCCACCACCUUACGGACAGGAAGAAGUCCAAGCGGCAGCCAAGGCCUUAGCAGCAGGCAUUCCUGAUGGAAUUCCACAUUCUGACAUAAAAGAUAUUCCUGUAGCUCUUGAGCCCCACAGCGUAAGUGCUUCCGACUUGGAGUCUGCUUCUUCAGAUGAGGAUCCUGAAGUACGCGUUCACCUUGAAAUUCAUGUUCAGGAAGAUGCAAAGAGUGAACCGAUUUGUCCAUUGAACGAAAAGAAUCUCGCGACAUUGACAGAAGAACUUGGACUUUCGCCAAAAGAGCGUCUGGAUGUGGAGGCGAUUCAAACUAAAGAGGAACUGGCCACCUAUCUUGAAAAGAUUCCUCGCGAUUAUGAUGUCCGACUUGUUGCUUCAACAAAGGAACCUGAAUUUUUAAAUGGAGACUCAUUCGCUGUUAUUAAAGAGAAGUUGUUUUAUGAUCUUCUUUUUGUCGCCAAUUUAACCGAUUUUACACACAGCCAUCCUAUCACUGGGAGCGGAGCACUUGGUCAUUACAUUGGCUGGUUCGUUAUCAUGUGGUGGGCGUGGGCAGGUCAAACGUUUUGGGCCGCUCGAUUUGACAUGGAUGAUCUGUUUACAAAAGUUACAAUGCUGAUUGAAUUUUGUGCGCUUAUUUCCUUUGGAGCGUUUUCGGUCGAUCAUCUGGACCGUACCUCGACCGGAUUUAUUGGAAGUUACAUUGUUUUAAAGGGCGUCUUGGCUAUUGAAUACGGCAAUGGUAAAAGAAUUUCCUUUACUGGGCUCGAAAAGAAUCGGUCCAAGAAAUCAUUAACACCGCUAUGGUUACAGAUCGGAAGCAAUGUUUUGGCAAUGUUGAUCUGGGGACUCUCAAUGCUCGUACACAGUAUGGCCUGGCGCUACGUGAUGUGGUAUUUUACGAUUGUUGUGGAAAUUAUAGUUUUAGUGGCGUUUGGACGACGCACAUCUGUCACCUUUGCUGGAAGCCAUCUACCAGAGCGAUUUGCAUUAAUAUCAUUGAUUAUAGGCUUGGGCGCUGGCACGAGCUCUUGGACAAGGGGAACAAGCCCGUUCUUGAUUUUAUUCUUGUUAACCACAGUGAUCCUGUAUGCAUUAUGGUGGAUCUAUUUUGACGACUUUUCAGAAGAUGUAUUUCACAAGACAACGACACUCUCUCAACUCUGGGCAUAUCUCCAUUUGCCAUUUCAUGUUUGCGCAUUGGAUUUGAUCCGCCUUUAUAAACUAGAGAACCAUAUCACAGAGAUGACCAUAGGCUCUUCUCAUUUGACCUCGAAUGCUGCUGCUGCUCGAUUCAUACCGAACAAAACUAUUUUUGCAUUGGGAUUUGAAAUCCCAAUUGAGCGGCGAUCUGCUGCAGGAGCCUCUGGUCCGGGAUCUCUCCUCGAGCGUGCUACAGACUACGAUUUGACCAGAUACUUCCUUGUUGUCUGCGGCCUCUUUCUUACCUUCACCCCUUGGAGGGCGUUCCCGCGCCAAUUCGAGAGCUGGCUCCGUCGUGAACUUGAACGGCCUAUACCGAGUGGUGGCAAAGGUAUCGGUAUGAAUAACAGCGUCACUAGUCUGAUUAACCCUACAGGCUCCCCGCUCACUACUACAGCAUCUUAUUUUCCUCAGCAACAACAACAGCAACAGCAAUUACAAAAACCGCAAGAACAUCAGCUGCAGCACCAGCUUUCAUUGCAGCAGCAGACUUCUUCCUUGAGCCAACAGCAACAACAGGCGCUUUACAAUAUGCAUGUGAAUGCCAACAGUUUGGCGCUUCUGGUCCCUAUGAUCAAGAGACGUGAGCACUGGGCCCAUCCUUCUGGCGAUGGCUCUACACCCAUUCGGCAAGUAUCACUUAGGGCUACAGAGCGUGGAAUCCAUUCGGUACCUCGCAAUGGUAGUUCCACAGAUGGUCCUCAUGGCAGUAAGAUGCAUAUCCAGCGCAACUCUCUUUCUCUGAAUCGUCCAGGAAUAGUAGGAUCCAUUUCUUCUCUCUCUUCGUCUCCACGCUCUCCGAGUGCCGGUGCCGGUGCCGGUGCCGGUGCUUUAAAGUUAGCUACUAUGUUUGAUCAGCCACUGUUGCCUCCACAGCAGCAAGGAAAGCAAUCACCAUCACUAUCCUCUACACAUGUGCAACUAAAAUAAGUGCAUAUACCGCGCAUUUUAGCGCCUCCUUUUCUUUUCUUUUUUUUUUUUU